AUGGAGUCUCCUCAAAUAAAGAAAUCCGGUUUGAACCUCCCAGCUGGGAUGUCCGGAACCUCACUCCGCCUCGACACAUUUGCUUCAUCGCCUCCAUCUUCCUUUCGUUCCAUCGCGAGCCUCACUUCUCCUUCUUCUCUUCGUUCCAUCUCCAACCUUACUUCACCUUCGAAAUCGAGCACGUGCAGCGACAGGUUCAUCCCGUGUCGGUCCUCCUCCCGGCUGCACACGUUUGGCCUGGUGGACAGGCCCUCGCCGGUGAAGGAAGGGAGUAACGAGGUGUAUUCCAGGUUGUUGAAAUGCGAACUCUUUGGAUCUGACUUUGCUUCUCCUUCUUCUCUUUCUUCUCCUUCUGCAGGUGCUCCUCCUUCACCGAUCAGCCCCAGCAAGAAUAUGCUCCGCUUCAAGACCGAUCACUCCGCUGCGCCGUCCUCCCCCUACUCGCCCUCCAUAUUGGGGCAGCAGAGUACCUUCGCUUCUGACUCCUCCACGCCACCUCCCAAACCUCCCCGGAAAGUUCUAGAUGCUCCAUCUCUUCAAGAUGACUUUUACUUGAAUCUAGUGGACUGGUCCUCACAGAAUGUUCUUGCUGUGGGACUAGGCACUUGUGUUUAUCUAUAUAGCGCUUCAAACAGUAAAGUGACUAAGCUAUGUGACUUGGGGCCUAAUGAUGGUGUCUGUUCUGUUCAAUGGACCCGGGAGGGUUCUUUUAUAUCAGUUGGUACAAAUCUUGGCCAAGUCCAGGUUUGGGAUGGAACUCAGUGUAAGAAGGUCAGAACUAUGGGUGGGCAUCAGACAAGGACUGGUGUGUUGGCAUGGAACUCUCGCAUUUUGGCUUCAGGGAGCAGAGAUAGGAACAUACUUCAGCAUGACAUGAGGGUUUCAAGUGACUUUAUUAACAAGCUUGUUGGCCACAAGUCAGAGGUAUGUGGAUUGAAAUGGUCCUGUGAUGACAAGGAACUUGCUUCUGGUGGUAAUGAUAAUCAGCUCCUGGUGUGGAAUCAACACUCUCAGCAACCAGCUUUGAGACUUACAGAGCACACUGCUGCUGUUAAGGCCAUUGCUUGGUCACCUCACCAAAGCGGUCUCCUUGUAUCUGGAGGUGGAACUGCUGAUAGGUGCAUUCGUUUUUGGAACACUACAAAUGGCCAUCAAUUGAACAGUGUUGACACUGGGAGCCAGGUCUGCAACCUUGUUUGGAGUAAAAAUGUGAAUGAGCUAGUAAGUACUCAUGGAUACUCCCAAAAUCAGAUUAUGGUGUGGAAAUAUCCGUCAUUGACAAAGGUUGCAACUCUAACUGGCCAUAGCAUGAGAGUGCUUUACCUUGCAAUGUCCCCUGAUGGUCAGACAAUAGUAACUGGAGCAGGGGAUGAGACUCUCCGGUUCUGGAGUAUUUUCCCAUCAAUGAAAGCACCUGCCACUGUUAAAGAUACAGGCCUUUGGUCACUGGGGCGCACUCAAAUUCGAUGA